AUUUUAAUCAUAAUGAGAACACUACUAUUUGGUACACCGUGUAGCUGUGCGAUUUUCAUUUUAGUAUAUUGUAUAAUUACUCUAUUUAUCUGGUUUUUGUAUACAGAUAACUUGUCAAACCCCAUAGUUGACUUUGAAUACUUUUCAAUACGAAAUCUUGGCGAACUUGGGAAAGAAGCGCAUUUGCAAAUGACAGAAACUGAUUUAGUUGAUGCUGAACUACAGAAUGAGAAAUAUCAAUACAAUGCCUGGCUAUCAGAAAGAAUCCCGUUGAAAAGAGCUCUAGAAGACUAUAGGGAUCCACAAUGCCUCAGAUUCAACUAUAGUUCAGAAAAAAGGGUUACUGUUAGCAUAGUUAUAGCCAUCCAACAGGAGCAUCCUCACACUCUGCUGAGAACCAUCUACAGCGUUAUUACGCAAACAUCACCCCAUUUACUCAAGGAAAUAGUACUGGUUCAUGAUGGGCAUCCCGAUAUUGAUCUUAUCCGGCACAUUCAUCAUAAAUUUCCCAUAGUUAUUCAGCUGGAUAUGGAAUCUUUGAUGGGAAUUAUUCAAGCACGUUUGACUGGAGCUAGUAUAGCGACUGGAGAUAUUCUCGUAUUUCUCAAUGGCCACAUGGAGGUCACAAAGGGUUGGCUUCCUCCUCUACUUGAACCCAUACUGUUGAACAACCAGACUGUCACUGAGCCUCUUGUUGAUGCCAUAUCUAGAGAAUCGUUUGCCUACCAGAAACUGGUGGAACCUGAGCAAAUGGCCUUCGAUUGGCAGUUGGAUCACAUUUUUCUGCCCCUGGAUCAGCACUCGUGGAAUAGCCUUCCCAAGCCAUACCCAUCCUCUCAACUGGAGGGUCGUGUAUUUGCCAUUGAUCGCAAGUGGUUCUGGCAUCUUGGGGGAUGGGAUGAAGGACUCCGGGACUACGGAGGCGAUGCUCUGGAACUCAGCCUCAAGGUGUGGCAGUGUGGUGGUCUCAUCCUCGCUGUUCCCUGUUCACGAGUAGGAAUAAUCUAUAAACGCGAUGAGCUUGAGGCCCAGAUGGCACCAAAUAGAAAUCCCAGUUUACAAGUCCAAAAGAACUUUAAGCGUGUUGUAGAUGUCUGGUUGGACGAGUAUAAGCUGCACUUUUAUCGAUACAAUCCCAAGUUGAGAAACCUUACUACAGAAUCGCUGGACAAGCCGCGGGACUUACGACGCCGACUGAACUGCAAAUCCUUUGGAUGGUAUAGAAGCCAAGUGGCGCCGCAAAUUAGGAACCACAUUCUUCAUGCUGGUCUUACCAACUAUGCGAUAGGUAAAAUAAUGCCCUUUGUGGCGCCACAUUUUUGCUUAUCGAUCAAGGGAGGAUUUCCUGUCAUAAGGAAAUGCCUCCCAACCAAUUUCGAGGACUGGACACUGACGUCUCGUUGUCAACUGAAACAUGGUAACAUGUGCCUGGAUGUGGACUAUAAAAAUAAUGUGCGGGCUACGAAAUGCACUAAAAAAUUGACGAAAAAUCCAUGGCACUAUAAUUACCAGCACAGCUCAUUUGUGGCCAACGGAAACAAAUGUCUACAAAUUGAUGUCAAUAAAGUUGAACUCAUUUUAAGUGCUUGCGAUUCUCAAGUGACGGAACAACGAUGGAUGUUCACUAAUGUGCAGGACUUCAAACGAGGCCGCAACAGGGAUGUUUGCUCAAGUGUUAACCGCUAAACUUAUGGAAUUCUUAAAUUUAGUAACUCUAGUUUUGAUUUUUCAAAAGGAUUAACGUUUAUUCCUUUAAAGCUACAACUAAUGUUUAAGAAUUAUGAACCAAUUCCGAAAAUCUUAUAAAUAUAUC